UCCUCUUUUCUUAAUAAAAAAAAACAAUAGUUCCCCUUUCAAAUAAUAGUGUCUGCCAAUAUGAGCACUUUUGAGAAGGUGGUUGUUGUUGACGGUAAAGGUCACUUAAUCGGACGGUUGGCAUCCAUUGUAGCAAAACAGAUAUUAACUGGACAAAAAGUUGUUAUUGUUCGUGCUGAGGAAUUAAAUGUAUCAGGAUCUUUUUUCCGAAAUAAGAUCAAGUAUCAUGAUUACCUUCGUAAACGUAUGAUUGUCAACCCUGCACGUGGUCCUUUCCACUUUCGUGCACCUUCCAAGCUCUUUUACAAAACUAUACGUGGCAUGAUUCCACAUAAGACUGCGCGUGGUGCAGAAGCCUUGAAACGUCUCAAGAUUUUUGAAGGAAUACCACCUCCAUAUGAUAAGAAAAAGCGUAUGGUUGUUCCUGACGCUUUGAGAGUUUUGCGAUUGAAACCUGGUCGUAAAUAUACUACAAUCUCACGUCUUUCUAAUGAAGUUGGCUGGAAAUAUGGAGAAGUUGUUAAGAAACUUGAAGAAAAACGUAAAGUUAAAAGUAAAGAAUUUUAUGAGCGUAAAAAGAAAUUGGAAAAAAUUAAGAAUCAGGCUUUCAAGAAUAAGGCAGGAGAUUUAUCAACUAUUAAACAAGGGAUUUCUGCUUUUGGUUAUUGAAUUUAUAAAUAAACAGCUGAGAACUGAGAGAAAAAGAUAUCUAAUAUAUAUUAAAUUUUUAAAUUUGUAAAAAAAACCUCAAUUUUUUUAAAAAAUUAUGCUCUUAUGAUCUUUAUGAUCUUUGCAUGUAAACCUUUAUAUUAC